GCGGCGGGGGAGCGGCAGCGCGGCCCGGGGCUGCCCGCGGGGGAAGCGGCGGCGGCGGUGCCGCUCGCUUCCUCAAAUGCGAUGACUCAGCAGCUCCAGGAUGAAUUUGACAGCAGUGUGGAGAAUGCAGAAGCUUGGAUGAAGGCCAUCCACGAGAGACUGAGGAUCAAUGACAACACCAAAGGACCUCGAUCUGCCCUGGAAGCCAGACUGAGAGAGACUGAGAAAAUACGUGCCCUGGAACCAGAAGGCAGCUUGAAAAUGGAUUUGAUUCUUGUGAAGGCGGAUGCUGCUCUUCGCAGCAUCAGUGAGGAGAAGAAGCGUGAGGUGCUCUCUAAACUGAAAGACAUUAAAGCCCUGUGGGAAGAGACAGCCAUAUACAUCACUCAUUGUCACAGCCGCAUUGAGUGGGUCUGGCUGCACUGGAGCGAGUACCUGAAAGCCCAGAAUGAGUUUUACACAUGGAUUCACAACAUGAGGGUCACCUUGGAGCCUGACAUUGAGUUGCAGCUUGGUUUAAAGGAGAAGCAGUGGCAGCUGAGCCACGCUCAGGUUUUGCAGAAUGAUGUCCUAAAUCAGUCAGUGCUGCUGGAAAGGCUGCUGGAGGAAGCUGCUUCGUUGUUCAGCAGGAUAGGAGACCCCAGCGUGGAUGAGGAUGCUCAGAAGAAAAUGAGAGUGGAAUAUGAAGGAAUCAGGCAAGAAGCUCAGAACAGAGUGAAACUGCUUGAAACGAUAACCAAGGAACACGAGCAGUACAGCGCCAGUGUCAACCAGUUUCAGUCAUGGCUGAAUGGUGUCACAGAGAAAUUAAACUGCUGCAUUGGAGGAGCAACCAAGACUUCAGCAGAGGACAAGCUAAAGGCACUGAAGGAAAUUGCCAAAGACAUUAGGAGUGGUGGAAAGAAAUGGAAGCGCCUUGAAAAUCAGUGUGCAGAGGUGAUUCAGAAUACCUCUCCACUUGGAUCUGCAAGACUGAAGGAUGAACUUGAAGAGCUCAGAAAAGCCUUGGAGAAGUUGAAACUGCUGAGUAGUGAGGAGGAGGAGAGAUUGCUCAAGAUCCAACAGUCUGAAAGUGCCUAUGAGUCCCAAGCCAGACAAUUGGAAGCAGACAUCCAGCAGCUGAGGAAAGAUCUACAGAGACUAGAAAAUGACCUGGACCCUGGGGAAGGGGAAAAGACUGAAGAUGAGUUUGUAACUCUGUGGAAAAAGUGCAAUGCAACAAGAGCAGCUCUGGCUGCAGAAGAGUCAAAGAUUGAGAGGCUGAAGGCUCAGCUUAAGGAACUGCUACGGUUUUCCCAAGAUGUGCAGCCACAUGCUGAGAGUGUUGUCUCUGCAAUACAGCAGUAUCAAAGUGUUAGAAGCAAGACUUCUAAAAUGAGCACUGACACAGAAGCCCAGCUGUGGAGACUCAUCCAAAAUCCACUGCAAAGUUUUGAGCAGUGGAAGCCAUCGGUCCAGAUGCUCCUGGAGACUCCAGAGCCAGAGCUGGCUCACAUUGAGGCUGCUCUAGCUGAAAGCUCACAGCUCAGAGAAAAGUUGGCGAUAUUACAGCUAAAGAAAGAUCUGCUAAACAAUGUCCUUGGUGAGGAAAAAGCAGAGUCUUUGAUUCAAGAAGUAGCUGAAGCUUCAAAGGAGAGAGAAAUUCUACACAAAAGUCUGCUGCAAAGCAAGAGCAAACUCCAGAAUUUGAUAUUGCAACAUAAGAACUUUGAUGCUGGUUUUGCACCAUUGCAGAAGAAAUUAUCUGCCAUCAAAGCCAAAUUAGAUCUGGAGAAGGAAACACAGCCUGACCUCUUGGGGAAAAAGACACAACUCCAGAGACUCCAGAUGAUCCAAGAUGACUUGGCAGAGCUUGCAAUUCACAUGGAGGAGGUAGAGAAGCUUGUUCAGUCAAAUACCACACACAGGCAUGAAAUGAACCAACUCUCAUCUGAUUCUCAGGCACUGAAGAGAUCACUGGAGAUGAUGAUACAGCAGAGUGAAGACCAUGUUCAGAAGCACUGGGCAUAUAAUGACAAACUGUCUGACCUCCAGCAGUGGAUCUCAGUAACCAGGGAGAGGAUUGACUCCUGCCAGGAUGCUGAUGGGGAGCAGAACACUGAGGGCAGGCUGGAAGACCUGGAGAGAUUGCUGGCUGAGUUUCCAGAUAAGGAGAUCCAGCUGAACCUUGUAGAAGCUCAUGGCCAGCUGGUCAUGGAGAAUUCUUCUCCAGAGGAGACUGCCCAUGUCCAGACAGAGCUGGAUCAGCUGAGGGAGUCGUGGAAAUCACUGAAGGAGAUGGCAACUGACCUCCUCAAAAAGUGGCAGUUAAGUAGACCAGUGGCUGACAAGAAGAAGAAGAAAAGAGCAUUUGUGGACAGCAGAUGGAUAUCUAGACCUGCUUUCCACCUUUUUGAUGUCGACCCCAACCAUAAGCAGGAGAAGAUGGGAGAAGGGCAAACUGCAAGCAGCCACUUGAAACUCCUACAUGACUUUGAAGAGUGGCUCCAAGGAGAAAAUACCAAACUGACCAAAAUUCUUGCUGGGACUCCAUCUUCUGCAGAGGAAGUUAAGGCACACCAGAGCCAACUUGAGGAGAUGCAGUCUCGUGUGCCUCAUGGUCAGCAACUCUUUGAGGACCUCCUUCAUCUUCAUCCUGUGGUGGGAAGUUCUGAGGACCUGGAGGAGCUGCGCUACCGAUGGAUGCUCUACAAGUCCAAGCUGAGAGAGGCCCUGAGCUCACCAAGUGCUGGAUCUUUGGAGGAAACAGACAGAUUCAGAAAGGAGCGCUCUGGAGGCCCGUGCUCGUUCCUGCAUCGCGUGCGCCGGGCCGCGCUUCCCCUGCAGCUGCUGCUGCUGCUGCUCCUGCUCCUGGCCUUCCUGCUGCCCCUGGCAGAGAGAGAGAGCCACAGCUGCACCCUGGCCAACAACUUUGCUCGCUCCUUCAAGCUGAUGCUGAGAUACGAGGGCCCCCCUCCAACGUAACUGCUGGCAUGGCACCAGGCGACGGCGGAAGGGCAGAACUCUGGUUUUAACUGCAGCUCACGUAGGUUUUUAGGGCUUCUAACACAUGCCAACGGGAUGCAUCACAUAAUGCAACUUAAGAUUAAUCACUUUAAUCAGGUAUUUGAGUAAAAUUAAUAUUUUUACAAUUUUUUUAUUAUUGUACUUAUAAUAUGUAUAUAGAGAUUGUUUACGUGUAUGUAUGUACAUAUAUAUAUAUAUAAAUGUAUAUCUGUGGUCAAACUAGCAACCACCAUCCACUCAUCCACUGUUUAAAGAUAAUUCUGCAAUGUUUCUGCCAUCUUUCAGCAAACAAUACUGAAGGAUGGUGUUGUGGGAUUUUCUGGGUGAUUUUUAACAUCAGAUUUUGGUUUGCAACUGAAGUAAGAGCAAGUAUGAGAACAUGUGGUCAUGCACCAGAGUGUAAACUGGAGACACAGUAGAAUCAUGAGGGGUUGACAUUCAGCCCAAGGAAGAUUUGGACUUUUCUCUUUGAAAUCUUGAGCUGAUUUUUCAGUAUCUGGAUACAGGGAUUGCAGAAGCUAAUAGAAAUGUUUCUACUGACUUCAGUAGGAGUGGGAGUGGACCUCCUCUUGUUCUUAUUUUUUACAAGAUUUCUUUUCCAAUUACUGUAUUUUCCAGCCCACCUGAAUCAGGAGAGGUGGAAUACAGUGGGAAGAAAGCUAGAAAAAAAAGAAUAUAUUUUUUUAGCAUCUCUCUAUCAGGAGAACUUUUAAAAUCAGAUCAUAAUUUUCUGAACAAAUUUAUGAGCACUGAACAAAACCUUGUAUCACCAAUCUUGUGUAUAACAAAGAGUAGGUUUUUUGUUAGAUUUUUGUGUUUGUGGGGUUUUAUGGUUUGGUUUGUUGGGUUUUUUACUUUAUAAAGAAGCAUUUGGCAACGGAUUAUAAAGCCUGAACAGUGGCAUGCAGCCUGGCUCGGUGUCAGUAAAGCAAAACUUGGAAGUACUUUAAUAAUACCACCCUGGAAAGAAGAUUCCUAUCUAGGAUUCUUUUGUAUUAAUGGUUUAUUGAAAUUGUGUAAACUGAUUGUAUCAACGUCAGUCGAGCAUAAUCUAAAUCUGUGUAAUCUAAACUCUAAAAUUUUGGCAACUUGUAAUUUAUUUACCUAAACCUAUGUCUGAUUUAUCAAAUUUUUGAAUGUACAUUAUACAUUGCCUUUAAUGUAAAAGCAGUUCUCACUUCAGAGGGAUGAAGCCAUUCUUAGUGGUGUUUUACCUAACUGACUCCUGGGAGAAAAGGUAAUUUCUAAAAAAUUUAUGCCAUUUCUGAGAGCUAUCCCUUAUUGUCUCAUGGUUUUAGCUACAGUAGUAAUCAUGAAAAAAUUAACAUAAGAAACAGUUACUUUCCCUCUCCUGGCUUUGUUGCAGGAGAAAUUUCUCUUCUGUGUAUCAGUAUGGGGUACUUGGUGUGAUUUUCUGCAUAAGGUCUAAAAUAAUAUUGUAGCUGACAGACUGAAGGAGGAAGGCACUUAUUUAAGAAAAUCAUUGAAGUUCUGUUCAAGAAGCAAAAUCGUGUAGAAUCAGGAGGCAUAACAGCAUGGAGCUCAGUUUGGGCACAGGAUUAGGAGAGCAGGCAGUGUGAAAGGAGCAGCAAAGCAUGGAGAGGAGAGGUGUCCAUCAAUUUGUAAAGCCUUAGAAAGGAGUCACAAUGAACACACAGGACAAGUGCACAGGGUCUGUAGAGAAAAAAAAUCUCAGAAUCCUUUUGGCUCCCCUUCCCUUCAUAUUACCAAUAUGUAAUAUUACAUAUUAAACAGCUUUUCUUCCGUUUUCAAGGUUUAAAAUGUGGUGAGUAACAGGGCUUCUACAUGUUCUGAGGAGACUCUCCCACCACCAGGACUCUGUCACUGUGUUCCUAAUAAUGUUUCUGACUAUACUGGGUUUGCUAGAGUUGGAUUAAAAUGCCAGAAGUCUGCUAAAAAUGUAAAAGAGUGGAAAUUAAAGGAGAGACAGCAGGAAUGGUGCAGGUAUCACUCAAAGGGCAAGGGGAGCAUGCAGCAGGAGCUGAGCUGAUGUGGGUUAAAACCUGGCUGUCAGGAGGCAGCAGAAGAGCUCUCAGAGCAGGCAGAAGGGACUGGAAGCAGAAAGGUGAGCAGAGUCCAUGUAUGCUGAGCAGUAAGACAUUCACUUUGGGAAGUGAAGGAAGGCCUGUGAUUCCUUUCCCGAAGGAGCCAGAUGGAGGGGAGCUAUAAUUUGUCAGAGAAUGGGGCAUAUUAAUUCCUUCCUUGCAGCCAUUCUUUCUGGUGGCUCCCUCCUCCUGACAUCCUCCUGCUCUCCUGAUUAGCAGUGCAAGUGCCAUGCACAUCCCUCUAAAAACUGCUGCCAGCCCUGGGGGAAGAAACCCCUGUGGCUGCCCAGCAGGGAGUUAAUCAUCACACACAUCUCCAGUCAAAUUAAAUCUUCCUUUAGAAAAGAACUGUGGGGGAAGAGGGGCAGUGACAAAACCUGCUCUGUGUGGUUGUGGAUGUGUGUAGGUGUGCACACACCUUUCUGUGAUGUAGCUACAUUGCAGUUCUCUGGGUUUUGCUGAGCUGAUCCAGGUGAUGAAAGUAAAAUACCAGUGAGAAAGUAAAAGUAAUGAGGAAAAAUAAAGCUGCAAAUGGAAGUCAGUAGGGAGAUGGAAAUUUUUUUUUCUAUGAAAGCACAAAAUCUCACAUCAGAUUUCUUUCUGCCAAGCCCUUCUGAUCUGGGUGAUUUGUAUGGGUUCACAAAUGCAUUUGACACCAUGGGAGUGUGUAACAGGGAGAAAAAAAUUCUGCACAGAAGAUCUUACAAGAACAACUGCAUCAUCACCUUGAUGUUUCAGUGUGGUGGCAGGUUUAAAAAAAAUAACCAAACAACUAAAUUAGAAACACACUUUUGCUUCUGGAUUUGCAAUCAGUUUAUUCUGCAAGUCCCCUGUCUGUAAUCUUGGAACGUUUUGCUUUAAAUCUCAGUCAAUCUAUUCUCAUUGACUUAAAUAAUCUGAAUAUCUCACAGAAGUGAUGAAUAUUUCUACUUCUUUGCAAUGAAAACUAUCCAAAGCACAGGACUUUAAUGUUCAUAUCACUGAAAACAAUUUAAGUCUUCCAUAAUGCCAUUUACCUCACCUGUUCAAGGCAGGUGUGAGAUUUUUCUGGCAAAGAAAGAAAGAAGAAAAUUACAAAAGCUUGAGAUGUAAAUGUAAAAUUUAAUUUUGUUUUCAUUCUCUUGUGGGUUUUUAUUUCUGAAAAGCUUGCAAUACUGAUUCCUGGAAGUGUGUGUAAAUAUUAAUCAAGUCAGUAAUUGGAAUAAUGAGUCCAGCUUCCAGGAAACUGUACAAAGAUCAGAUUCCUCAAAACACAAAUUAAAUCCAAAGGAUUUAGUUUGUAGGGACUGGUUUCCAAACCAGUCCUUAAAGUCUUGAGCACAGUUCCUCAUCUUUGCUCACAGAUGAUUUGGUGGUGAUAUGCUCACUUUUGUGCCUGUAAAAUCCCCAGCUCAUCCAUCUCUGACAUCCAGAUGUAACUGAGAUGUGUUGCAGCUCAGGUUCAGACUGGGGCCACUGCCUUAAGCCUUCCCUUGCCAAAGCCUGGGAUGCACAGAGCCCUGGAUGUGUCUGCAGCUGAGGACUUUCACUGUUUUGCCCCAAUGCAGUUGCAGCCGCAGUCAAAGGGUGCUAAAAGCCUCUGAAACCCAUGGAGUAUGUCUGGGGUUGUGAGUGGUGUGUGCAGCUGGCCUGCACUCCCUGCAGACCCCCAGCCUGUUCACAGAGCUCUGUCCCUGCACUGUGGCACCCAGGAGCUGCUGGACCACAUUAAUGACCCUGAGGUGCAAAAUCCUGCACUCCACUGCCCGUGCAUUACAGCAAGGCAUUACCCAAAGGCACACUCCAAACCCAGCCUCUGGCAUGGAAGCAAGGCUCAUUUGUAAACUGUAAUUGAUUCUGAAGCCUGAUGCUUUCCAGAGAAUUUUCAUGGCAGCAAUACAUUCAGGAAGAAAAUUGCUAUUGUGCCCCAUGUCUAUUUUAUCAGCCCUUUCUCUCAUUCCAGCCAGCAAUUUAAGUGAUAUUAAAUAUUAUUUAUAUAUGCCCUCUCCAGAAAUCUCUGUAUAAAAAUCAUCUUCAGUUCUAAGCACAUACAUUAGAAAUGUUGUAUUCCUCUGCUAGCACUCAAUCUCCAGAGCAGUCAUGAUUUCUACCAAGUGCUACUUUAUUUGUGCUGACUGACAACUUAGAAGACUCAAAUAUUUGAGGCUGUAAAUAAAGCUACUAGACUAACUAAUUAAACCACAUAGUGAUCACUGAAUAAUUUGGACAGCUUUUAGAAUGGCUCUAUGCUUCUCCUUAAUCCUUUUGUUGGAGUAUUUGUGGACCUCGGAGAGAAGAAAUGUCUCCAAAAAUUGGCCAUUCCUAGACAGACAGAUGGUGAUCUCUGCACAUCAGAAGAAACAGUAUUUUCUCUUUAGCUGCUCUAGACCUCAGGAGUUUGCUACAUCUGAUGUCCUUUUCAAUAUUAAAUAGGGAACGUUUUACUUUUAUGUAUGUGCAUACACAUCUCGUUAGCACUAAAGAGAUUUGAAGAGUGAAUUCAUGUACAAUAAUUCUUUUAACUUGUGUUGACACAAGAGAGUACAUUUCCUUUUUCUUUAGGGAAAAAACCAACCAAAACUGCUGUGACAGAUUCCCAGACCAAACAAAGCCUUUUGGAAUAACUGAAUAUUACAGACUGAAACUAAAUUAUCCACUAUAGAAAACUGGAAAAAUAGUUUUGCCUUUCAAGAAAUUAUGGUAUAAAACCCCCCAAAAAAAUGUGUUUGCCAGGCAUCAUAGAUAUCUCUCAAGUCAUAGGUUAUGUACCCAGCUAGCUGUAAGAGCUGCUUUUGGAGAGUUGACUACCCCAUGGACAGCAU